CACCUACCAUGACAUGAAUAUAAUCAUCAACAUCUAUUCCCUAGAUUUCCAUUUUUGUACGUGAAAUUGAAGUGGUUGUCCUUUUCAUUGUUAUGAUAGAGACAAGGUCAAAGAUGCUAGGGUUUGCAGGCGGCCAGGACAGUCCGUCUUUUGACAAUUGUUGACAUUUCGAACCCUUAAAUGCGUGAAGCAAAUAAAGAGACACAGGAUCAUUCAAUGUUCAGAUACUGGCUUUUGGGUUUUUGAAAUACUAUGGAAGGUGGUGAUGGUGGUAGUUGUUUGAGAACUCCAUUGCUGUCAAGUGAAGCUAAACAAUGCAAUAAUCAGAAUGGAUUAAUACGGCGUCGGACCUCUGCUACUCAUCUGAAAUGUGAUUUCAUCUCUAAUUUACCUGAUAAGGUUAGAGCUGGUCUUGAUCCUGAAACCCCUUUCAAGCUUGACAUUUCUAAAACCAAAGGCUUGAUUCAAGGAGAAAAGGAAUACUAUCAAAAACAAUUUGAAACCCUAAAAUCUUUUGAGGAAGUUGAUUCACUACACUUGCAAGCUAUCAAUGAAGAGCAAGAAAAUGUAGAACAAGCCCAACAUGAGAGAGCUAUGAACAUUUCCAACUGGGCAAAUGUUUUUUUGCUUGUUCUUAAGAUAUAUGCAACUAUAAGGAGUGGUUCUUUAGCUAUUGCAGCAUCAACACUAGAUUCUUUACUGGAUCUAAUGGCUGGUGGUAUUCUUUGGUUCACACACUUGUCAAUGAAAAGCAUAAAUAUUUACAAAUAUCCCAUUGGAAAGUUGAGGGUGCAACCAGUAGGCAUCAUCAUUUUUGCUGCUGUUAUGGCUACUCUUGGGUUCCAAGUGCUGAUCCAGGCAGUAGAACAAUUGAUUCAAAAUAAACCUUCUGAGAAGAUGAGUGCAGAGCAAUUGAUAUGGUUGUAUGCAAUUAUGUUGACUGCUACUGGAAUAAAACUUGUGUUAUGGUGUUACUGUCGAAGUUCAAGAAAUGAGAUUGUUCGGGCGUAUGCAAAGGAUCAUUAUUUUGAUGUGGUGACAAAUGUAAUUGGUUUAGUAGCUGCUGUUCUUGGUGAUGAAUUUUAUUGGUGGAUUGAUCCAGCUGGUGCUAUCCUUCUUGCAAUUUAUACAAUUUCAAAUUGGUCUGGCACUGUACUAGAAAAUGCAGUCUCCUUGAUCGGACAGUCAGCGUCUCCUGAGGUACUGCAAAAGCUGACAUAUCUCGUCCUCAGACACCAUCCUCAAAUCAAACGAGUUGACACAGUUCGUGCAUAUACUUUUGGGGUUCUUUAUUUUGUUGAGGUUGAUAUUGAACUACCAGAGGAUUUGCCAUUGAAGGAAGCCCAUUCGAUCGGAGAAUCAUUGCAGAUAAAGAUUGAAGAACUUCCCGAAGUGGAGAGAGCAUUUGUUCAUCUUGAUUACGAGUGUACACACAAGCCAGAGCACUCUGUUCUCGUCAGACUUCCUAAUAAGGAUUGAAGUUUCGAAGUUUUCCUAAUAGUGUAUCAUCUUGUAAUACUAGGCAUCUCUUCCUUUUUGUUUUUGGACGAAAUGCUCUGUCACUGUGUUAAUAAUAUUAGAAGAUGAGAGUUGAAUUGAAAAACAAUAUCAAGUAAGGUUUUUGCGGAUUUUAAUUCAUUGACUGUGUUAUUUUUGUUGGUA